AUGACAACAUUAAAUAGAGCUAUUGUAAAAACUAGUAAUCUACCAGCAAAUAUGCAAGAUGAUGCAGUUAAACAAUGUUUAAAAGCAAUGUUAACAUGUCAACAUGAUAAAGAUAUAGCUGCUUAUUUACGAAAUCAAUUCAAUCAAAAAUAUGGACGUACAUGGCAUUGUAUUGUUGGAGGCAGCUUCGGAAGUAACGUUAGUCAUGUGGAAACUGGAUUGAUUUAUUUCUUAUUGGGACGAAAAUCUAUUCUUCUAUUCAGAUCAGAAAACAUUCAUUGA